CAGCCGCCCAACCCACCCCGUCAUUCUCGUCUCAAGUCCCGCGCCCGCCUCGCCUUGGUCGUCCUGUCGUCAGUCGGCGGUCUGCCAGGGUCCAAAAAUCGAAGAACAAGCACCGCAUGCUGCCAUGCCGGCCGGAGCAAGCUAGGCAGCAAUGAAGCAAGCAACAGGGAGAGUCAGUCAAACACACAAAAGGGCAACACAACACCGCCAACGACAGAGCGACGGCUAUUAGGAGCGGCGAGAUAUCGUGCUUGCAUCAUGCGACGGGACGGAUGGUCGGUCGUCUGCUCAUCUGCGGUCUCCUUCUUUGUCGCCUCGAGCGCCUUUGCUUGGCUAGCUUGGCUCGCCCUGUCUGGUGAUCAAUUUAACAAAGGAGGCGCAGGCGUCAAGCGAGAUGAGAAGAGAUUGACUAGCGGCCAUGACCGUCGCCAUGAUGAUGGGCCAUGAUGCUCCUGAGCGUGGACUCAAACGUGCGUGCCUGGCUGAGAAGAGCGGAACAAUGCGAUACCAC